AUGGAGUGUCGUUUGGAGCUGAAGAAAGGUUCUAGUGAUAGACCGCCUUUCGUGGCUGCUGAGAAGAAAGUAUUGAGUAAAGAAAGCCAAAGGUCGUAUCUGCCGGAUAAGUUCAGAGAUGAUAAACGAGGGUUGUCUUACUCCGAUUUCCACCGAGAGAUCACUAAGAAAGUGGAAGACGUCUGUCCCAAACGCUUGGAGAAUCGUCUCAAGUCACGGAUAGGUAGGACCGCGUCUGGAGAGAGAGACCUUGUCAAGUACAAGUCCUACGUGCCGAGUUAUGUGAAGAAAUGUGAUAAGGUUGAAGAGAAGAGUGUUAAAGCUGCUGUUGGUGGUGGCAUUGGUUCACAGGACUUGAGAAAUAAGCUAUCUUGUGGUGAUAAGCAUACAAAGUCUUCAUUGUCAAACACAAGCACGUCUUCAUCACUCUGGACUGAUGAAUCAUCGACUGAUUCAAGCAGAGGUCUUUGUGCUUCUUCUCCGUUUCGCAAAAGGAUUAAUCAUCCUCCGUUGCAGUAUUAUCUCAUGUCAUCUAAGCCAGGAGAUUGUCCUCAAGAUUUUGUUCCGCCUCAAGAUAAUGGUGAUACUUCCCAAAGUCAUAGCAGAGAUGUGCAGUUUCAUCAAAGCCCUCGUGGAACUGCAUUCUUGCAGAACGAGAAGAAAGAUUCAGAUUCCAAGAUUGUUCCGAAAACCAGGACUUUCUUGAGUCCAUCGAAGCCUGAUCUUCCUUCUUGCACAAGGGUGAUAUCAAGGAAUCUAGCUGAUGAUUUUAAGAAGAAAGCGGACAAGUUGGACGAGAGAAUCAGAAACCCUCGUGUUCAUGAUCUCUUUGGGAAAGAAAAGCCUGCUGCUGUGUUUGUGCCAGGCAUUGUUUCUCAGAAACAGAUAAUCGGUUUGUCCAAGUUCUACGAUUCAAAAGUGUUGCUCGCCGAGCGAUUGGCGGAAACUAAUCGAAAGGGGCAAGACUCUGAUGUAGGUCACUUCCGACGUGAAGCUGAUGGAAGCAAACCGUUCUUAAAGCGUAUGAACUUCUUGAGUGCAGAGAAGAAUAGAUCUUGCUCAGCUCCAAGAUCAAGAAAGUCUGAGUCUAGUCCCUCCAGGAGCAGGCCUUUAGAUAGAAGGUCAACAGAAACAUUACCCACACAGUCAGAUCAGAAACCAGGCAAAACUGUAUCGGAAAGAGCAAGAAGCAUUUCACCUUUUCGCCGGCUCAGCUUCAGCAUCGGAAAGUCCAGCAAAACCUCCAACAACGAAGACGCUCAGACUCCUCCUCACCACUUAAGCACAUCACUUAUUUCAUCACGAGCUGGUUUAGACAAUAGAUCCACCUCUUCUAUCAGUGACAACAGCUCUUCUUUUGAUAAUACCAGUACUGCAAACAGAGGCAGGUCUAGUCCUUUGAGAAGGUUGCUCGAGCCACUGAUAAGACCGAAAUCAAGCCAUGCGUGUAGAUCUCCUGAGCCAUCACUAAAGUGUUCACCUUCAAGUCAACAAAAGCAUGUUCUCUCCGAUGGCCAAUCCUCUUCUUCAACCAUUCUGUCAAGAAGUGGAAGAUCUUCAACAGUUCAGGCUCUUUUCCGUGUGACGUCCAAGAAUGAUCAACCACUGUUCACUUUUGCGGUUGACAAGGAACAAAGUAUCACAGCAGCCACAAUAAGGAAACAGAUAGCUCCGGAGAAGGAAGAAUGUGGACACAAGUAUACGUUUUUCACUGUGCAGGAAGUACAGAAGAAGAACGGAAAAUGGAUGAACAACAGCAGGAAGGUUCCAAGCCAAGAGUACACAUCCAACAUUGUCGCUCAGAUGAGAGUCUCGGGUUCUGUUGAUAACCUCUCAACCAGAGAAUUUGUACUAUUCGCAUCUGAAUCGCAGCGGACAAACGAGCUAGCUGCAAUGGUAAUCAAGAUCCCAAAAACUGGUGACACGAGCUCAACCACACUUGGAGAUUACUUUGCAGACGUGAACGCAACAGUGGUGCUUCCAAGUGGGAUUCACAGUCUCCCACACAAAGGAGGGCCUUCGUCGCUGAUCCAACGGUGGAAGUCAGGUGGAUCAUGUGACUGUGGAGGCUGGGACAUGGGUUGCAACCUCAGAAUCCUCACCAAUCAUCAGUCUAAUAAACCCACAAACCUCUCUCCUUCCACUUCAGAUGCAUUCAAGAUCUUCUUUCAGGGAGGGUUACAGGAUAAUAACAACCAGCCAUACUUGGGUUUCACUCCAUACAGAGAAGGUGUGUACGCGGUUGAGUACAACACAUCACUCUCUCUAUUGCAAGCAUUCUCCAUUUGUAUAGCGGUUAACGAGGGACGGAAUCCGGUGAAGACCGUGGAGGAACCGAACAGCAAAGCUAACGGAGAAGUUUCGUUGAUGGUUCAAAACGAGAGGUUGAAGUCAUUUUCAGGUCCUAUUGAAGCUGAGGCUCCGGCUAAGUAUCUAUCACACGGUUCACACCCACCUUUGUCUCCUGUAGGGAGAGCUUAA